AAAAAGAGCGUAGAUUUAAAUUGAAUAGCCUAAUUUCGAAUUAGUCAACAAUUUUGAGGGCAAGCAGACGCCGCCCCAGUUUGGAACAGCCCAAGGAAACUCCAUAGGCUUAGUUUUCUUCCCAGAGGUCUAUCAGAUCGCUCCUCUUCCAGUUCUUACUUCCAAGUUCUCGCUUCACACAGACAGCCAAACAAAUAUGGCGGCUUGCUCUACCUGGAAAACCCUACGAAUUUCCUCCUCUUCCGCAAGAACCCUCCUUCAACGUUCCUCCUCCUCCCCCCCCUCUGCGUCUCAUCUUGUGUCCAAACCUACGAUGUCUGCGCCACUUCCUUCUGCAAAGCCGUCCGCAUCUUCCCGCUUCUCUGUUCCGAAGCUUACCAACUUCAGGCUUCCAGUGGAGUUGUCAAGCGUGCAGUCACUAAUGCCAUUGCACAGUGCUACUGCUUCUGCCUUGUUUACUUCCCUGCUUUCUUUGCAUAACAACAGUUGGGGUUGUCUAUCUGAAGGAUUUGCUACACCGCUAUAACAUGGCCGGUACCUUCAGUUUCGCUACCAGACGUGGAAUUUGUGGGAAGCAGAUUUGGUUAUGUUGUAUGUUUUUUGGUUACAAAUUGAGUUGGAUGUUCCUACUUCAGUAUGUGAUUCUCUCACUUUUCCCUAGUUUACAAACCAUUAUAGAGAUGAUAGGUGACAGGAUAUCCCUAUAUGCUUUUGCUGGUAAAAAGUUUUGCAGAGAAAGUAGGAUAUUGAGAUCUCAGCAAUGUCAUUGAAUAAUUGGGAACUGUGUUCUAUUGUUAUAUUUUUAUCUGCACAAUUAUCUUAAGCUAAGCCAAACAUGACUAGUUUCCAUCCGAGUCCUUGUCACUCAGUUUGAUAAUCCUGCCACAUUCGGUCAGGUGUAGAUGUUGCAAAAUGCAUGGUGAUAUUGUUCUUGUAAGUUUUGGACCAUCAAUUCAGCUAUGAGUUUGGCUCAUUUUUUAA